AUGGACAUUCUUCAGCUUUUGGAAAAUGCGAUCUUAAGUCCUGAUCCAACGCAGAGAACUCAAGCAGAAGUUGAGUUAAAUGAAGCAGCAAAUAACCACUUUCCUGAAUAUAUUUCCCUCUUGAUUGAGGCGCUAAACAACGAGGAUGCUAAAACCGAGGUGCGAAUGUUAGCUGGUAUAGGACUAAAGAACCAAUUAAUUUCCAAAGAUCGUAGAACAAAAUUGGCACAACAGGACCGUUGGCUCAAAUUGAAUCUGGAGUUGAAGACAAAGAUCAAGGAGCAGGCAGUUCAAGGGUUGAAAACACCGAAUCUGAAAGUGGCAAAUACAGCCGCGCAACUAGUUGCUGCAAUUGCCGAUAUCGAAUUGCCCAGAGGAGAGUGGUCUGAGUUGAUUCCUUUAAUUAUUCAAAAUACAAAGAUGGAGAACCCCGAACAUGUUAAGCGAGCAUCCCAGUUGGCUAUCGGGUACAUUUGCGAAAGCGUGGAUCCUAUGAAUGCCAACAUUUUGUCUCAAGCUUCCGGUAUAUUGAUUGCUAUUAUCCAAGGUGUCCAGAGCAAUGAGCCUUCAUAUUUGGUUAGAGUCACAGCAUUGAAUGCGUUGGUGAGCUCCUUGGAGUUUAUAAAGUACAAUUUUGAAACAGAAGGUGAAAGAAACUAUAUUAUGCAGGUUGUUUGUGAAGCUACUCAAGCAGACGAUUCGGAAUUGCAAGCCAGUGCUUUUGGCUGUCUUGCGAGAAUCAUGUCUUUAUACUAUCGCUUCAUGGCUCUUUAUAUGGAAAAGGCAUUAUAUGGAUUAACCGUUUCAGGUAUGCAAAGUUCUGACGAAAAAGUCGCUUGUAUGGCUGUUGAAUUUUGGUCCACAGUUUGUGAAGAAGAAUUGGAGAUUGCUUUACAAAGACAUGAUUUAGGUUUGGACCCAUUACAGGCAGCGCAGUCAUCAGAACUAGUAUCCUACAAUUUUGCGUUGAUUGCAUCUAGCGAAGUAUUGCCUACAUUGUUGACUUUGUUGACCAGGCAAAAUGAAGACCCCGAGGAUGAUGAUUGGUCGGUUGCAAUGGCUGCAGGCGCUUGUUUACAAUUGUACGCACAGGAUAUUGGUAAUUAUGUAGUUGAGCCAACCAUUCAGUUUGUGGGUGCAAACUUGACAAACAAGGAGAAUUGGAGGGCAAGAGAAGCAGCUGUAAUGGCCUUUGGAUCAAUCUUAGAUGGUCCUGACCUGGAGCAAUUGAAGUCGAUUAUCAACCAAGCUUUACUGCCAAUACUUGAGUUAAUAGAAGAUAAGAAUUUACAAGUUAAAGAGACGGUGGCAUGGUGCCUUGGCAGAAUUGCAGAUAUGGUUGUUGAUGCGAUAGACACUCAGACCCAAUUGCCACAAUUAUUGCAGGCACUAGUCAAUGGUCUACAGGAUCAUCCAAAAGUUUCAACAAAUUGCUGUUGGACCUUGAUCAACUUGGUUGAGCAGUUGUACUCUGAUACCGGUGCUGAAACAAGCGUUAUGUCUCCUUACUACACAACUAUUGUGCCCGUUUUGAUGCAAGCGUCGGGUAGGGCUGACAAUGAACAUAGUGCAAGAGCAUCUGCUUAUGAGGCGCUAUCGACUCUUGUUACAUAUAGUGCACAGGAUACAAUGGGGGUGGUGGAAAACAUUGCAUCCGAAAUUUUAGCAAGAUUGGAAUCAACCAUUGAAUUGCAAUCUCAAGUAUCUACAACGGAAGACAAAGGUAACUUGGAAGAGUUACAAGUAAACAUUUUGUCGUUGUUGACCAAUGUGAUUCGUAAAUUGGGUCCUAGCGUCAUUAAUGCGGCUGAUAAUUUAAUGGAAAGGUUUUUGAAAUUGUUGAAUGCACAAGAGGCAAAUUCCUUGAUUGAAGAAGAUAUAUUUCUUGCUGUGUCCGCUCUAUCCAGUGCUAUUGGGGACAACUUUAUUAAGUAUUUGCCUGCAUUUUUACCAUACUUGACAAAGGCAUUGGAAAAUGUCGAAUCUCCUACUUGUUUAACAGCAAUUGGUUUGGUUGGAGAUCUCGCCCAAAAUUUGGGAUUACAAGUAACUGAAUACUUGAAUGGUUUAAUGACAAUUUUGGGCAAUAUCUUGAAUAACCCCGAUGUCAAACGUGAACUCAGACCCGCAAUAGUGUCCGCUUUUGGAGACAUUGCUUCAGCAAUAGGUCCAAGUUUCGAACCUUACCUCGAAUUUGUUAUGAACAUUUGUACAGUUGCAGGCUCAAUGGAACCCGAGGACCAUUCUUUAGAGACUGCCGAUUUUGUACUUAGUGUUAAGGAAUCUGUUCUUGAUUGCUUUGUUGGUAUAACUGCUGGGUUUAGCGACCAGCCAGAAAAGUUGUAUCCUGUUGUUGGUCCCAUAUUACAAUAUUUACAAAAAAUAUCACAAGAUACAAGCAUGACUGCAAUCGAGUCGGUAGCGAGAUCUACUACGGGGUUGUUGGGUGAUAUUGCAGCAAUGUACCCACAGGGCCAAUUCAAAGCAUACUUUGUUGAAGACUGGGUCACUGAGUAUAUCAAGAAGACGAGAUCAAACACAUCUUUUGAUGAGAGAACCAAGGAUGCUGCCAGGUGGGCUAGAGAACAACAGAAAAGGCAGCAGCAAAUUCCAGCCGUCAUGGGAUAA